AUGGCGGCGUCCCAGGUGACGGCGGGCGGAAUUGCACCGAGCUACGGCUACUACAAGUUCACGCCGGAUAGGAUCUCGGUGACUCCCCCGCUGGUCGGUCGACCCGACAUACUCACCUGGAAGGAGGCCAUCGAGCCCCAGCUGGAGAUGGCCGGGCUGAUCCGCUUUGCUCGUGGCAGCGUGGAGACGCCGGACGACCCCGACUUGCGUGCGGAGUUUCGCGCCGUGCAGCUGUUGACCUUCACGGUCAUCUCUCAGUGCUGCUCGCCGGGAGUGCAGAUCGCCUUGAAGUGGUGCCGGGAGUACCUCGACGCCGGCCACCAGGCGUGGCACUUCAUCGAGUCGACCUACCAGGUCACCGACGACCUGUUCAUCGCCCAGCUGGAGGGGCAGCUGACGCACCUGCGCAUGGGCGACGAGGAGACGGCGACCGACUACUGCAACCGGGCCCGGCGGAUUCUCGCCACCAUCAGGAUGGCCGGUGCGGAGUACUCGACGGCGUCGUACAUCACCCAUGUCAUGCAGGGACUUCCGAGCAGCUACAACCUGCUGAAGCGACUGUCGAUGGCGCCGAGCACGAGGGCGACGCUCAACGAGGACAACUUGACCUCGUACAUCCUUCAAGACGAGGCGAUGCAGGAGGCUGAGCGGUCCCAGGAGCUCUUGGCGCAGGCGAACUUUGUCGCCCCAGCGAAGCAAGGAGGCCGACCGGGGCAGCGCGGACAGUCUGGCGGCGGUGGUAGCAGUGGCUGGAAGCCGGCCAAGGAGGUUGACAAGAAGCAGUCGACAAAGGACGGCCGUCGAGGAGGAGGAAGUCGGCGUCGGGAAUGCUGGAUCUGCCACAGCCCCGACCACCUCUCCUUUGAGUGCCCCGACCGCAGCGAGUCCGACGACGACGACGCCAAGGGAGGCCGCGGGAGGUCGGCCAGCCGUCGUCCACGUCGAGGCAACCAGCCGCGCAAGGAGAAGCAGUCGACCAAGUCGACCUCGGCGAAGGACGCCGACUCCUCUGCUGGCGGCAAGGGGAGCGACGACAAGUCGGCGUCGUGCUCUCUGGUCGGCGUCGUGGAGCCGACUGUCUCGCUGGCGCCGGAGGCCGGUGAGGACUUCCAGGCGAUGGCGGCAGCUGUGCAGGCUAACCCGGCGGUGGUCCUGCUCGACAGCGGCUGCUCCCACCACCUGAUGGGGACAAAGGACGCCUUCGUCGACUUGGGGCUUUGCGGCGACGUGAAGCACGUGCGUGGCUUCAAUGGGGCGCUGCAAGACGUUCAGGGCCGGGGCACAGUCGCCCUGCAAGGCGAGGCCGGGAAGCAGGUUCUCAUUCCCGACGUGCUGUACGUCCCGGGUGUGCGGGCGAACCUGUUGUCGUCCGGCCAGCUGAAGGAGCACGGCGUGAAGUUUCGGGAGGACGGCGACGGGAUGCUGCUCGUCUCGGCAGCAGGAGAGGUGCUUGGUCGGGCGACGUACUCCGGGCGAGUCCUCUGCACCGACCUGCGUCCCUGCUCCACAAGGUCGAUGUCACCCAUGCCGGAGGUUGUGGCCCUGCGGGCGAUCGCCUCGAAGACGAAGUCGACGCCGAGCAGGAUGCAUGCUCGGCUUGCACACGUCGGCAUGGACACCAUCAGGAGCUCGGCGAAGCACGAGGUCGCCAUUGGGCUGGACCUCAAGUCGACGUCGGGCACCGACUCACCGUGUGUCUCGUGCGUCGGUGGGAAGCUGGCACGGCACACCUUCCCCGACCAAGGUUCUGACGCCGCUGACGUGCUGGCCGUCGUGCACAUCGACCUGCAGACGAAGAAGUCGGUGCUGAUGCUGCGCUCGGACCGAGGCGGGGAGUUCCUCGGGAAGACGUUCACCGACUUCGUGGAUGGAAAGGGGAUCGUCCACGACUUGACCUGCCCGUACACCCCGCAGCAGAACGGCAUGGCGGAGCGGGAGAUGCGGACGGUGGUGGAGUCGGUGAGGACGAUGCUGCUGCACAUGGGCGUGCAGCACCACUGGUGGCACCUCGCUCUGCGGCAGGCCGUCUGGAUCCGCAACUGCCUGGAGCGAUCGGCAACGCCGGGGACGACGCCGUCGCAGCUGCUGACCGGGACGAAGCCUGACUUUUCGCUGGCGCGCGUGUGGGGCUGCAUGGCGCAAUUCCUCGUCCCCGAGCAGCAGCGCGGUGGGAAGCUGAAGCCGAAGGCCAAGUGGGGCCUUCACCUCGGCGUGUCGGAGGCCAGCAAGGGCUGGGAGCUCCUCGACAUUGCCGCCAACCGGGUGGUCACCACGUCGGACGUGGUGUUCUACGAGGACCUGUCGCUGGAGGAGUGGAAGUCGGAGCAUGGGCCGGUGUCAGGGCGGACGCUGGUGGCCACGCCGACGGAUACCUCGACGGCAACUCUCCCUCUGCUCGCCGAGGUCGGUGAGCUUGCUGAGGACGACGCCGAGGUCAUCCACCCUUCCUCCCACUCCCCUGCCCCUCCCCUCGUCGACCUGCGUGGGCUGAUUCCGCCGUCGGCCUCCGGCGAUGAGGGGAGCAGUGGGACGUCGCCUGUGGCGCCGACCAAAGGCAUCGCCGGUGGCCGACGGGACGUGCAGCAGGUCGACCUGGGAGUGCAGUCGACCUGGAUAGGGGAAGAGCAGGUCGAGGAGGUGCAGCCGACUUGGGUGAAGCCGACAGGGGAGCAAGCAGUAACGAGGUCGACCCAGGAGCAGUCGGCGACCUGGCGGUCGACAGGGGAGCUGACCACAGGGGAGCAGUCGUUCGGGAAGCCGACCGAGGUGCAGCAGGGCGACGAGGACGGUGGUGCAGAUGAAGGGGAGCAGUUGGGCGACGAGGAGCCGGUCGACCAGAAGGUGGUCGACCAGUCUGUUGGUGUAAGGGCCUAA